AUGGGUCUCUUCAAAUUAUCAUUCCUGGCAGCAGUGCUUCUAAAUUCUGCGUUCGGUGCACCUUCUGCUCCGAUGGUCGACCUCGGCUAUGCCAAAUACCAAGGUUCCGUCGACCCUGCGACGAAUAUCACGUCUUUUUUGGGUGUGCGCUACGCAGCCUCACCGACCGGUAAUGGUCGCUUCCGGGCUCCAAAAGCACCAGCCUCCGUCUCGGGUGUCCAACAAGCUACUAUGCAACCCCCGCGAUGCUGGCAAAUCGAAGUAGCAGGCCUGCUCAGCACGAACCCCUUCCGCGAGAAUCAGACCACGUCUUCUUCCAACCCGUCGCAGCUAUCGGCAACUCCGAGUCAACGUUCACUCGAGCAUCUUCACAAGCGUGGCGCGACCAAUGUCUCCGACGAAGAUUGUCUGUUCUUGAGCGUCUAUUAUCCCAGCAAUUCUGUUGGGACCACACCAUACAAACUCCCGGUCGUUGUCUGGAUCCAUGGCGGCGGGUAUCUCGCAGGGUCGUCCAGCCAGUUUCGCGGGAGCGACCUCAUUGAGGAAUCUGAUGAAGACAUUGUGGUCGUCGUCAUUCAGUAUCGUCUUGCUCUUCUCGGCUUUCUCGCAGGGACAGAGGUCAAGGCUAAUGGAAACCUGAAUGUUGCGUUGCUUGACCAACAAUUCGCUCUUCGAUGGGUCCAGAAAUACAUUUCUCAGUUCGGCGGUGACCCAGAUCAUGUUACGAUCUGGGGCGAGUCUGCGGGGGGAGGUGCCAUUUUACAACAGGUCAUCGCCAAUGGGGGCAAGACCAAUCCCCCGUUGUUCAAAUACGCUAUAGCGAGUUCGCCUUUCACGCCCUCCCAGUAUCGCUACGAUGAGCAUAUUCCUCAGUUUAUAUACGAUUCCGUCGUAUCUCAGGCAAAUUGUACCAACGCUAACGACACACUCGAAUGUCUUCGACAAGUCCCAGCGACUGUGCUCCACACAAUAGACGUGGAACUUAACGCAUACACCUUUCCCGGAGUCUAUGCAUUUGGUCCAGUGGUUGAGGGUCCCGGUCCGGAUUCCUUGAUCCAAGAGGGCCCGAUACAAGCGUUGAAUGCCGGAAAGGUCAACGGAAAAUCGCUGCUCACCGUCGCGACUGCCUUUGAAGGGUGGUUGUUCGUGAACACGAGUUUUCCUGUUGCGACUAGCGUUUCCCGAUAUGCAUUCCAAGUUUUCCCCAACCUUCCGCUCGAAUAUGGACCCCGAAUCGAGAGCCUUUACGCACAUGUCGGCUCGACUGCCGACAAGAUUAUCGCGCUCUAUGGCGAAACCGUUUUCGAUUGCCCUGCAUAUGGUCUUGCCCAAGCCUUUCCCGGUUCUGCCUACAGAGGCGUGUUUGCCAUUCCCCCGGGACAUCACGGAACCGACCUGCAAUACUACUUCCCCUCCCUUGUGGUUGACGUUCCCGUGCUUAACUACCCCGAAUUCUUCAACAACACCGUGUUCAUCGACGCGUUCGCAAAGGGAUUCACUGCAUAUGUCUCUUCCGGCAAUCCAAACAAUGCAGUUAGCACUGUCACCCCCCACUGGCGAAAGUGGAGCACCAGAUCGCCGAUUGAGAUGGUUUUUAACAGGACCGAUGGGCCUGUCAGCGGACAACGGCCGUUCAUACAUGCGCGGGAGACAGAUAAGCAAGUCUUAGAACGUUGCAGAUUCUGGGCCUCUGUCGGAGCAUAUAUUGGCCAAUGA